UACCGACGGAUAUUUUCGUAACGUUUUGCCGCUUAUGUCGGCUUAGGCAGUUAUUUAUUAAAUUUAAUGAAAAUUUGUAUUAACUGGUGAAGUGCAAGUCACAGUAGCUAUUUUUCGUUGGCCGGUGGUGAAUUUCGAUUUGGCAAUGGACAAAUCGAUGCCGGAUACUGACUGAAUUUUUGUAGUUGUGAUGCAGUAGGUUUUGUGGAUGUCCCAUCAGAUUGCAAUGUGAUGAUCACGUAAUGGCGGGUAAGGCGUUACAGUGGAAAAUAGUGGCUAAUCCGGCCGGUCCCCAGCCAAGACCAAGGCAUGGACAUCGUGCGGUUGCUAUUAAAGACUUGAUGGUGGUUUUCGGUGGCGGAAAUGAAGGGAUCGUUGAUGAACUUCAUGUUUACAACACAGCGACAAAUCAGUGGUUUGUGCCGGUAACGAAAGGCGAUGUACCACCAGGAUGUGCAGCAUAUGGAUUCGUGGUGGAGGGCACAAGGCUCCUCGUGUUCGGCGGCAUGGUGGAAUACGGCAAAUACAGCAAUGAACUGUACGAAUUACAGGCAUCGAAAUGGGAAUGGAAAAAGCUGAAACCGAGACCACCGAAAAUCGGUCCGGCGCCGUGUCCGCGUCUCGGACACAGCUUCACAUUGGUUAACAAUAAGGUGUACCUGUUCGGCGGCCUGGCCAACGAUAGCAUCGACCCCAAGAACAACGUGCCGCGCUACCUGAACGAUCUGUACACGCUGGACAUACGCAGCGUCCCCAUCCAGUGGGACAUGACUCACACAAACGGUCCGUCUCCUCCCCCGCGAGAAUCGCACACCGGCGUCGCGUACUGCGACAAAAAGAAAAACAAGAACUUCCUGGUGAUUUACGGGGGGAUGAGCGGGUGCAGGUUGGGCGAUUUGUGGUUCCUGGAUACAGAGAGUUUGUCGUGGAGCAAGCCGCAGGUUUCGGGGGUCACGCCACUCCCUAGGUCGUUGCACACUUCCACCUUAAUCGGUCAUAGGAUGUUUGUGUUCGGCGGUUGGGUACCGGUCGACGAGGUCAAAACCGCCACCAAUGAGAAGGAGUGGAAGUGUACCAGUACCAUGGCUUGCCUCAAUUUGGAGACAAUGAAUUGGGACGAACUCGACAUCGAUUCCACGGAGGGUAACUUGCCAUGUGCCCGGGCGGGACAUUGUGCCGUUGGCAUUAGCACACGGCUGUAUAUUUGGUCCGGGCGGGAUGGCUAUAGGAAAGCAUGGAAAAACCAAGUGUGUUGUAAAGAUUUAUGGUACUUAGAAGUAAACAAACCACCGCCACCCAGUAGAGUGUCUUUAGUGAAGGCUGCCACCCAGUCUUUAGAAGUUAACUGGACCGGGUCACCUUCAGUUCGUGCCUAUAUAUUACAAAUACAAAAAUACGAUUUACCACCGCCUCCAGCCGCAGCAACACAAAAACCGAUACAACAAACACAGCCAACAGCAGCAGCGGCGCCACCGCCUUUAAUUACGUCGCCGAAACCAACACCAACGCCCCAGGUGGUACGAUCACCGAGCACGCCUGUCCAAGCCACCAAGGCGGUCAUCUCUAAUCAGCUAUCGCCUAAAGUCGUCACACCCAUCAUCAAAACUUCACCUCAAGUGCGCGUGCAGGGUGCAACCGGAACGAUAAUCCGACAAACGUCGCCCUCACAAGUAGCCGGCAAACCGGUGCUGGUGCAGAAAGCCGGCAAUUUGAUCCAGAAGAGCGGGGUGCAACAGCAGGUGGUCACGCUGGUGAAAACCAGCACGGGCAUGACGCUGGCCACUCUACCCAAAGGAGGCAACAUUGUACAGCAGACCAAAACAUCCGGCACCGUUUUGCCGCAACAAACCAAGAACACCAUCGUAAAAAUCGUGCCUAGCAGUCCGCAGUCGAAUAAAGUCCUCACCACCCUCAAGACAAUCCCCUCGAACAUGAUACAGAUGAACAAGACCACUGGCAAACUGGUGUUGAGUAAAGGGGCGACCGGACAGAUACCCACGCUCAGCAAUCAGCAAGUGCUGGUUGUCAGCUCGAACGCCGGCCUUAAAAAUAUACAGACGGUAACGAAUGCCCAGGCUGUCGGCAUGCAGACUGUUAAAACGACGACGGUGAACGUGCAACCUGUCGCCACAGCCUCGACGAUGUCUAGCUUGCAAGGUGUAAAAAUUGCCGGCAAACCUAUCACCAUAUCAAUGCCCAUGACAGUUGUCGGUUCACCUAAAACGAUUACGCUUUCCAAGAACACUAAACAAGUAAUGAUUGGCGGCAAACAAGUAACAGUACAAAUGGCAACCAGCGCCAACAAAACGCUCACGUUGGUGCAGCCUCAGCAGGGCGUUGGAAAAAUAGUAAGAUUACCAUUAACCACGACAACAACCACAACAAACAACGCCGAACAACCGAAGCUGAUGGUUGUCUCAAGGCCGAAACAACCGUCAGCCUCAUUAGCAUCAGCAAACUUCGAUGGACCCGUAUCGACAAACGCCGCUCUGGCCGCUCUGGCCGCCGAAGCCGGCCUCAUAGACCCCGAACCGGACAAAGAGUCGAAGUCCGUCCUCGACAGCGACGGUUCGGAGGGUCAGACAGCGAGUAGCGAGGAAAUGGCCAUGGACACGCCGGUGGUCGAAUCCGUAACACCAUUGGAAGCCGCCACCGGCCUGUUCGGCGGCAGUACUUUCCAAAAAUUGGGUCUGAAAGGUGGCGGAAGACGUAUCCUGCCACCAACCAGACCCGUCACAUUUAGGGGCGGCCUGAAAGGCGGCAGCAAAGACGCAGUGGAAACGCCGAACGCCAAACCGACAACGGCGGAGGCCGAUUCUACGCAGACCGCCGUGAACGGUGCCGUUAAACACGAACUAGGACAGGAAAACAAUGUAGAAAAUAAUCAAAUGGACAUAGACAAUUUAGACGUGAAACCAGAAAACACCGAAACCGACAUCAAAGACGAGCCCAUGGAAGAGACGGAACCCAAAACCGAGGCGGAACCAGAAGCCGAGGCGCCCGCCAACGCGAUCUCCCAGCCAGCAGCAGACGUGACCAAACAGGAGACCACCCCGGAACCGACUCCGAUGGAGGACAGUACGAAAAAAGAGGACGCAGAAGAUCCGCUGGCGGCGUUGGCAUCGGCCGCGCUUGACCACUCGAAAGACUUGAAAAAGACUGAAAUCAAUAACGGCCCCGCCGAACCGGCACCCGCGAAGGAGACGUGGUACACCGUCGGCUUCAUCAAGGGUACGAGUUGUGAUGUACAAAGCUACUUCUUAUUAGACGACGAGACCACGGCCGACCUGACGAUCGACUCGUUGCCGGAACUGUCGAACUAUACGAGGAUCAACCUGGAGCCGGGCACGGCGUAUAAGUUCAGGGUGGCCGCCAUCAACUCGGUCGGACGGGGGGACUGGAGUGAGAUUUCUGCAUUUAAAACGUGCCUGCCAGGCUUUCCGGGUGCACCGUCAGCCAUCAAAAUAGCGAAAUCGACAGAAGGCGCCCACCUGUCCUGGGAACCACCCAACUCGAAUCAAGGCGAAAUACUUGAGUACUCCGUUUACUUGGCCGUUCGCGGCAAGCCAGAGAAACCGAGUCCGCCUGGGCAAUUGGCGUUCGUGCGCGUCUACUGCGGCCCAAGCAACCAGUGCGUGGUGUCGGAUCACUCGCUGGCUGCAGCUCACCUCGACACAUCUACAAAGGCAGCCAUUAUUUUCCGGAUCGCUGCCAAAAACGAGAAAGGCUACGGACCUGCCACGCAGGUCAGGUGGCUUCAAGAUCCUCAAUCGACAAACAAAGCGGUGAAACGUCUGCCUGAAAGUCAGUCUCCGGCUGUAAAGAAAAUGAAGUUCGACAAGGAGGAGAUGUAAAAAUAAUGAAUGAGUGUUGAUUGUAAAGUAGUCUGUAAAAAUUGUGUUUGCGGACGGCUCCAAGGACUAGAUUCCGGAUUGGAGUGAUCUUGCGUUGACGAAAUAUAAGAAUGAACAUGAAAUGAGAAACAACAAACAAUCAAGUGUAUUUAUAAUUUGUAUAGUGUUAGUGGACUAAUGAACACUAUUUUAUUUUUAUAACUAGUAUUGGAAAUUAUGUUACGUUGGUUUGUGUGAUAUCUGAAGAUAUCUUUUAUCUAGAUAAAAGCAAAUCGCAUGAAUGGUUGUCGAGUGAAAUUCAUAAUUUUUUUGAAUGUGCUUCAGUUCAAUUCAAAUCUUUUUUGUUCCCAAUUUACACAAUAGACUUGUACGAUACUGGUUGCCUUUCGGCGAUCCUCGAAACAUUUUUAAAAACAUUUUAUUGUUAAGAUAGUUUUUGGGGGAUUGAUAAAAUUUAAAUGAAAUUGUUUUAUUGAUUUGCAUAGAUUUAAUAGUUGACUGAGAACUUAAAUAUUUGUCAAUGUAUAUAAUAUAUAUAUAUAUAUAAAUAAAUAUAUAAUUUUUCAUUUAAAUUUUUAUCAAACCUUAUUGGACUUUUCAUUUAGCAUGUUUACGUGAUUUAUAGUUUAUGUUACAAUAUUAAUUUUCCCAGACAAGUGAUAUAUUCUACAAGUUCAUGAAACUUUCAAACAAAGUUACUUUUUGUAUUGUAGAAUAUAUCUGGCGAUCACUCUGGUCGACGAUAAUAAAUAAUGAAAUUUGCAACUGUUUAUAUCAAUCAUCCCAAAUUAAAUAAAUUUAUAAAAUAUAUUCGUUGUCUGAAAAUGAGAGAUUUACUGGAAGUUUAGAUUGUUUUUAUCAGUUUUAUUAAUUUCUAUGGACAAGAUUUAUCAAUAAUUAACCUGAUAAUUUGGUUUGAUUUAUGUCGAAUUGAAUGACUAUUAAGAUCAUCCUUCAAUUUUUGAAUGGUGUUAAUCAGCUCCAUAUUUGGAGUAAUCUUUUGUAUUAUUUGUAGCAUAUAUUUUCAUGUUUGUUAAGGUGCUUUGGUCAUUGUUUAAAUUAUACAGAAAGCAGCGACAAUGUGCAAAAAUUAAGUAUACAUGUUUUACGCUCAUUAUAUUAUGAUUUUAUUUUUUACAUACAUAAGCUGUCUGCAAAUUCAAAACUGUUACGGAAUCUCCUUUAUUUUAACUAUUUUUUAUUAACAUCAAUCAAUUAUGUGAAGUGCACAGUUUACAAAUUGCUGAAUUUGCAAGUGGUUUAACUUUUUUUUUAUUCAUCUUUGUUUGAUAUUUCGCAUAAAAGAGUAUAGUAUUUCAAUAAUUUAUCUACAUUAUAUUGUACAAAUAUUUUAUUGAAAUAAUAGAAUUUUUCAAGCAUGUCAAGUAUUUGACAAUGAUGUUUUUGCUAUUAUGGAAAGAUUUGUGGUACUUUAUUCCCACUUAUUUAUUUACAAAAUCAUUUUGUCUGUAUUAUGUUCUUAAUGCACUAAUUAUGUACUUUAACAAGAAAAUGUUAUUAAAAUCAUGCGUAUAUCAUAUAUUUGUACGAAAUUUAUAUUUGCAAAAUAAAAAUCUGUUAUAAAAAAGUUACUUCUCUUGUUCAUAUUAGAAAUUGUACAAUGUAUAUAUAUAUAAAAAAAUUGUAAGUUUUCUUAGUUAAUAAAAUAGUUAAAUUAUUUCUAUUUGAUAUCAUAUUUUAAUUCUAUUUCAAAUAUAUUUUUAUUAUAUAUAAGUGGGAUCAGCAUUCUCCUCCCCCAAUUUUUAUAAAAAAUCCCUUGUAUGUUCAUAGAAUUUUUUUUCAAACAGGAAAUAGGUAACUUUUCUUUUACGCCUUACCUACUCGGUUAUAUUAUAUAACGUUAUACAAUAAAGAAAAUCAAUAAAG